AUGUCCAGUGCUGCAGAUAGCAUCUCUAUAAUCCUAAUAACUGGAGAAUUCAUAAUAGGAGUAUUGGGGAAUGGAUUCAUUGGACUAGUCAACUGGGUUGAUUGGAUUAAGAAGAAAAAGAUCUCCACAAUUGACUGCAUCAUCACCAAUUUAGUUCUCUCCAGAAUUUGUUUGAUCAGCGUAAUGGUUCUAAAUGUCAUUUUAAUAGUACUUUACCCAGAUGUUUACACAAAGAGGAAGCUACAGAUAGUCAUUUGUACCUUCUGGACAUUUGCCAACUACUUAAAUAUGUGGUUUACCACCUGCCUCAAUGUCUUUUACUGUCUCAAGAUAGCUAAUUUCUCUCACCCACUUUUUCUCUGGCUGAAGUGGAAAACUGACACGGUGGCUCGCUGGAUCCUGCUGGGAUGCUUUGCCAUUUCCUCGUUGGUCAGUCUUAUAGUACCAAUCGUGCUGAGUUGUGAUUAUAAGUUUCAUGCAACUGCAAAGCAUAAAAGAAAUAUUACUGAAAUGUUCCAUGUGAGUAAAAUGCCAUCCUUCAAACCCUUGACUCUCUUUAACCUGUUUGCAAUUGUCCCAUUUAUUGUGUCACUGAUAUCUUUUAUCCUUUUAGUAAGAUCUUUAUGGAGACACACCAAGCAAAUAAAAAUCCAUGCUACCAGCUGUAGAGACCCCAGCACAGAGGCUCAUGUGAGAGCCAUUAAAACUAUGACUUCAUUUAUCUUCUUUUUUUUCCUGUACUAUAUUAUUUCUCUUUGGGUGACCUUUAGCUAUCUUAUUACAAAAUAUAAAUUAGCUAUGGUGUUUGGAGAGAUCAUAGCAAUUCUCUAUCCCUUGGGUCACUCACUUAUUUUAAUUAUUUUCAAUAAGAAACUGAGGCAGGCAUCUGUCAAAAUGCUGACUUGUAGAAAAAUUGCCUGUGUGAUAUGA